CAUAGAGAGUACAAAAGUAGAAAAAGUCUUUCCUGGCUUGCACUGUGGUCUUUUCUUUUCGUUUUUUACCUCACUUCCCUCUAACCAGACAAAGCAUUAGAUUAAAAGCAAAGUUCAUCUCUUCUUCUUCAAUUUAGUUUCGUUCCAUCUGUGCAAUCAAAGCAUUUUAUUAUUCUUACAGAUUAACUUUGUUGGUUGAUAAGAUGUGGGCGGCUUCUUGCCUUGCGUCUUGCUGUGCGGCGUGCGCCUGUGAUGCGUGCCGAACUGUGGUUUCCGGGAUAAGCAGGCGAUCCGCUAGGAUUGCGUACUGUGGUCUCUUUGCUUUGUCUUUAAUUGUUUCAUGGAUUCUCCGUGAAGUUGCUGCUCCUCUGAUGGAGAAGCUCCCUUGGAUCAAUCACUUCCAUAAGACACCUGAUAGAGAGUGGUUUGAAACAGAUGCUGUGCUGCGGGUUAGCUUGGGGAAUUUUUUGUUCUUUACUAUUCUUGCAACUCUAAUGGUUGGUGUAAAAAGUCAGAAGGAUCCUCGUGAUGGUUUGCAUCAUGGUGGAUGGAUGAUGAAAAUCAUUUGUUGGUGUGUUUUGGUGAUUUUUAUGUUUUUCCUUCCAAAUGAGAUUGUCAGCUUCUAUGAGUCGAUGUCAAAGUUUGGCUCAGGAUUGUUUCUUCUGGUUCAAGUUGUCCUUUUGUUGGAUUUUGUUCACGGAUGGAAUGAUAAAUGGGUUGGAUAUAAUGAGCAGUUCUGGUAUAUUGCUCUGUUUGUCGUUUCACUUGUUUGCUAUUUGGCAACAUUUGUCUUCUCGGGAUUUCUUUUCCAUUGGUUCACACCAUCUGGACAGGACUGUGGGUUAAAUACUUUCUUUAUUACUAUGACCCUCAUUCUCGUGAUUGUUUUUGCUAUUGUCGCACUGCAUCCUGCUGUAAGUGGUAGCAUUCUGCCAGCUUCAGUUAUAUCUGCAUACUGCAUGUACCUAUGCUACAGUGGACUUGCCAGUGAACCAAGGGAAUAUGAGUGCAAUGGUCUCCACAAACACUCAAAAGCUGUUUCCACAGGCACCCUCUCUAUUGGCCUGCUUACAACUGUUCUGUCAGUAGUCUAUUCUGCUGUCCGUGCUGGAUCCUCUACAACUCUUCUCUCCCCACCAAGUUCACCCCGUGCAGGUGCAGGGAAGCCAUUGCUGCCAUUGGAAAACAAGAUAGCGGAAGAACAUGAAGAGAAGGAGAAAGCUAAGCCAGUCACUUAUUCUUAUGCGUUCUUCCACAUCAUCUUUUCGCUUGCUAGUAUGUAUUCUGCAAUGCUUUUGACUGGGUGGUCAACCUCAGUUGGGGAGAGUGGGAAGUUAGUUGAUGUGGGGUGGCCCUCUGUGUGGGUCCGGAUUAUUACUGGCUGGGCAACCGCGGGUCUCUAUGUUUGGUCUCUGCUAGCACCAAUUCUCUUCCCUGACAGGGAGUUCUGAGUUUCCUUUGGGUGAUACUGAGACAGAUAUGAAUGGAUGUUCAAGUCAGUGUGUAUAUGUGAUGUAAUGACAACUUUCUCUAACUUGCAUUGUCAAAAGUGGAGUCUCUACUAGUAUCGUCUAUGACAUGGUAAAACAUGUCUUACUCCACGCAUGAAUUGGACUGGUGAAAAUUUGUGUUGCAUUCGUAUA